UUCCCGAAACACGUGAAAAAUGGCGCCAUCGAUGUUCGCUUCUCUUCCGUUGUGUAUUUUUGUCGUGAUUUGGACCUUCGCUACGGCUAUUAGGGUCGGCGAUGAUCCCGAUACGAACAGUUCGUCCACAAAUUCUCUUCUCGAAUUCGAUCCUGUAGGACCUCCUCCGCCGCCUCUUCCAGGUUCGCGCCUGAUGGGAGGGUUCGACCCACCCCCAUUCAAGUACGGGUUCAUGGGCGUCCUCAUUCGGGGCCGGUCGUACUUCUGCUCCGCCACCCUCAUACACGACCGGUUCGCGUUAACAGCUGCUCAUUGUGUGGACAGUAUGUUCAGGGAUUAUAAGGUCCUACUUGGCAUCAAUAAAGUGGAUGACGAGGCUAAAACGGCGCAGGUCAUUCCAGUGGCCGAAGUGUUUCAGCGAAAGUGGUACAGAAUGGACCCCUUAAAGGAAGACUUGGCUAUCUUGAAGCUGGAAAAGCUGGCGACGAUUAAUAAGUACGUUUUCCCCAUCAGUAUAGCGCCAUAUGGUCCCCAUGAGGGUAUGGCAGUGACGAUACUUGGUUUUGGAGAGACGACCCGCGGCUUCUUCAGGUUCUCAUCUCUUCAAGCAGGAUAUACGAAGGUCUUUUCCUUUCAAGUUUGCCAGAAAAUAUUCCCAUUUAUAAUGAAGGACAUGUUCUGUGUGAAGGGAUCUGCGAGAACCUGCAUUGGUGACGCAGGCGGUCCAGCCAUUCACCAAGGCAAGCUGGUUGGCAUCGCUUCUUUCGGACCCAUAGGCUGCAAACGACAUUAUCCGCGGGGUUUCGCCCACAUACACCAGUUUCAGGGAUGGAUUUUCAACAUCGUCAGUACCCAUGACAAAUCUGGGUCUAACUACCCGUCUUCUGAUGUGUAUGUUCUGCUGGCUUUGCUGUUGGUGCUCCUCGUGCGAAGGCGAUGGUGAAAGGAAGAAGUAGAAAGAAGAUGAUGAUGAAGGACAUGUGAUUGUGUAAAAUAUGGAAUGUGUAUCUGAUGUGCCUAAAAUUGAAUCAUUAAAUGUGGUAUCAUUUGAUUUUAGGAAUAUCAAAUACAUUCCACAUGGCGCGCAUUUUAGGCUGGGAUUAUUACGCGCUUUAUUAUCAUUUCCUCUCUCUCUUCUUUCUUCAAUUAUUGCCACUGCAUUGCAGGGCCGAGAACAAGAUGGGCCAAUGGCAUAAAAGUCAGUGUUGAGAAAUAUGUCUUUGAAAGUUUGUUCCUCAUAUUAAUAUUCAAUAAAUGGUAAUUCAGAAAAUUGAGUUCUCUUUAACAAAUCAACCUAUAUUGCAUCACUAAAGACAUUUUUAUAUAAUGCAAAAACGACCUUUUUUAUUACGAAAAACAUUACCUUUAUUUUAA